AUAUCUCCCAUGUCGGUUUACUGCAGGAGUUAAUGAUGCACAACAGCGCGGUGGCGCAGGCGGCCUGCAGUACCACAAUCCAUCCAGCCGGGGGCGCCAUUGUGCUCGGUGUGAUCUUGGAGAACAUGGUGGUGUAUCAGCAGCCAGUCCAGACAGCAGGAUAACAACACAGCAGAGAUCACUAUUUACCAGAACGGGGAUUUUUUUGUAAAAAGCGAUAACAUCUGAGUCUUCUGGCACACUAAAGGUAGAGAGAAGCCACACCGGACUUUACCACUGGGGCUCGUUUUGUCGUACAAGAAAAAUACCUGGAGGUGGAAGUUUUGCUGAAAUCGUUACUGAUUUCCAGCUAGCGUUAGCUGGCUAACGUGCACCUUUUGGUGCUUGAAUUUGCACGAAAACGGGACUGGGGGGCCGAGAUUUCCACGAGCAUCCACCAUCUGGGCCGCUACGACCCCCAUCUGUUCGCGUGCGGUUGAGGUCAUGCGGGCGUCUCGUCUGGCAGACACAGCCGGUUAGCUGGCUAGCUCCGAGCGGAGCGACUCCUUGUCGCGUCGGAGAGCCGAAACCACGGCGCUUUCGGUCGGCCCGGGGACGAACGCGAUGCCGCGGGCUGAACUCGGCCCAACCACGGAAGUAGCCCCGGGAAGCUAACGCUAGCUGCGCAUAGCAGGCCGCUUCAGAUGGUCGUUCUCGCCGACUUAUGUCAGCGAAUUAGAUAAAUCACGAACCCCAGAAACAGAGGAGCUCUCGUUCGACCCUGAAACAGCAACGCACCCUUUCGCUUCCAUUUUCUUUUUUUUAAGGCCCCUACGGGGGACUAGCUAAUGCCGGCUAACUAAUCUGUUAAUUAGCCAGCUAACCUUGGUUCGUUGUUUACAGCGCGCUCGCAUGUAACGUUAAUUAAAUGACAAGUUACAGUUAACGAGGCCUUAGCAACGUGACUUCUACGUUUUAUUAUCUUUAUUUUUAACGUCAUAUCGGGCCAACUUUAUUUCACAUAUCGAGUGUUGUAGCUGCUAACGAACCACUUCGUGUUGAAAUAGAAUUGUUAACACAAUCUCCCCACCAGAUAAGAUAGGUGCGACAUUGAAGCGGUGCGUGGCCUCCGUGGGAUUAUCGAGCCUAAUCACAGCCGGUGAAAUCCAACACAUGUAAACACGGAGGCGCGUGUGUUUUGAGCCGUAUCACCGGGUCGACGAGGUGUCGAUCCGCGUCGACACCGAUGCCGCGCCGCUACCUGCACGGCGCAGGGUGCGUGUAAACGGACGCUGACCCGCACGGGGCGGGGGGGGGGGUCCCUGACCUCUGGCAGCAUUGCGAGACUUAUCGGCCGUGAUUGAUGACCCCUGAGGGGAGCAGACCUGUCCUCUCAUCCGCUGAGCCAGGAAACAGUCUCCGUUAUUGUAUUUAUUUUUAACCACUAGUGGAGAUCAUAGUGUUAGUAUUUUUUUUUUUUAUAUAUAUAUAUUUGUGAUCCUGCUGACUCCUAACUGGAACCGCUGGGGAGUUGGAUGGGAACAUGAGGAGCACUACCGGUAGCUUGAAGAUCUGAUCGAAGCACAGGGCCCCGUUGCGUGGGCUGCGAUCUGAAGAGGAAAGAGAUGAUGAUGAUGAUGGUGGUGAUGAUGAUGGGGAUGAUGAUGGAAGAGGCCCACUGACAGCGUUGACCCCCCCCCUCCUCCUCCUCCUCCCAGCAGACAUGAGCCUCCGCCAGCCCACCUCUACGCUGGACAGCCCUUUUGCUGCUUGGCUCAGCAGUCUGACCAUCGGGGACUCGGAGCGCAAAUCCUCCGCCGGCCAGCAGAGGGAACCAAUGGUGGACAUCCACGCCGAGAGUACGGCUACGGGCCUGGUCCAGAGAUGUGUGGUCGUGCAGAAGGACCAGCUGGGCUUCGGCUUCACGGUGUGUGGGGAGAGAGUGAAGCUGGUGCAGAAUGUCCGACCGGGUGGUGCAGCAGUCAAGGCCGGGGUCCAAGAAGGGGACCGAAUCAUAAAGGUCAACGGCUCGCUGGUGUCCUCCAUGUCCCACCAGGAGGUGGUGAAGCUCAUCAAAUCGGGUCCGUACGCCGCGCUGACCCUACAAGGGCCGCCCCCUUUCGCCGCCUCCUUGCCCCUGGACCCCCUCCCCGCUGACCUCCCACCCAACAAAAGAACGUCUCUGGGUGGGGAGGCUCCGCCCCCUCCACCUCCGCCCCUGCCCUCUGGGCUGAGCAGCACCCCAUCCCAAAGAAUCACCGGACCCAAACCACUACAGGACCCAGAAGUACAGAAACACGCCACUCAGAUACUCAGGAAAAUGCUGGAGCAGGAGGAGGCUGAACUGCAGGAGCUGAUGGAGGAGCAGAUGAGGAACCCGUCGCCGUCACUGGGCGAGCGGAUCGAGAGCGCCCAGAGGAGAGCUCGCCAAGUCCGGGUCAAGAUCCAGCAAGACCUGGAGGGGACCAGGUCAGAAUGUUCCAUAAGCUACGUCCAAGCAGGAGAAGGUUGUCUAUCGAUGGACUCGAGCGAAGGAGACGUGGAGGCUCUAGAGAGUCCCCACUCCUCCCCCUCAUUCUCCUUCAGGACACCACCACACCGCCGGCAGAACUCCGACACACACACCCUGUCAGACUCGGGCGGGAAGGCCCAGAUUAUCGGCCCCGAGGAGGAGGACGAGGAAGACGACAGCUACGCGUUCAAUGAGAUGGACGGCCCGUUCCAGGACAUCGAGCUGCUCAAGUCCCGGCCGGCCCACAUGACGGUGUUCAUGAGAUACGUCUUCACGCAGCUUCUGGACCCCAACCCUCUGCUGUUCUACCUGUCGGUGGAGGCCUACCUGGGCUCCAGCCCCAAAGACGCCCGAGCGCUGGCCCCCCAGAUCUGCUCCCACUUCCUGGACGCCGACGCACCUCUGAAGAUCAAAGUCCGGGAGGAGUAUCUCUCGGACAUCGAGGGUCGGCUUCACGCCCAGGAGGACAUCAGGGGACCUCUGUCGGAGCUGCAGCAGCAGGUGCUGCCGGACAUCCAGGACCAGAUCCAGGACUACAGGAACAAGCAGAUGAUGGGCCUGGGCUCUCUGUUCGGGGAGGGAGACCUGCUGCAGCUGGACGGGGACCCGGUGAAGGAGAGACAGGUGGUGGACAGACAGGUCACCGCCCUGUGGGAGAUCCUGUCGAAGCACGAAGAGGAGCGCAGUUCUCCUCUGGCGUCGGCCGUGCACCUUUACCUGCGUCAUUCUGGCAUCAAGCUGAGAGACUCCAAGGUCUUCCCUGGUCUGAGCACCGAGAAGGAGAAGUGGCUGGCCUUCCUAAAGACCAAGAAGCUGAGUGGUACCAAGAAAGAGAAAGAUGGAGAGGAUAAGAAGAGAAAUCCCAUCCUGAAGUACAUCGGCAAACCCAGAACCACCUCCCAGUCCACAUUCCACGUCCCGUUGUCACCCACCGAAGUGCCCGUGUCUCCAGUCCGUCCCGGCAGCGUGAGAAACAUCAUCCAGCAGUUCGAGAACCACACGGAGACCGGCGAGGAGGAAGGGGACGACGCCGUCGCCCCCGGCGACCCCCAGAGGCUCUCCUGCAGCAGCCUGGGGGAGGACGGCAUGUCCAGCCCCGCGGUGUCGGUGCGUCUGGCGCGCAGCGAGUCGCUGAAGGCGCAGGGGGAGGGACGGCGGCGCGGCGCCGGCUCGGCCGCGGAGUCGGUGCCUCGCUCGCGCAGCGACGUGGACAUGGAGGACUGCGGCGAGGAGCGGGAGGGGCCCGCCCUCCGGCCGCUGCAGCACAGCGCGUCGUCGGCCUCCAGCAGCUCCGCACGGUCUCUAGAGAACCCUACACCCCCAUACACCCCUCGGUCGAGACGCAGGAGCGUGGACUCGCCGCUCGCCCUCCUGCCCGACGCCGCGGCGCUGGAGGAGGAGCUGCCCGACGGUCAGAACUGGCAGGACACGGUUCCCCCCCAGCUCCUGGCCUCCAUCGGUCCCGGCGAGGUGGACAGACAGGCCGUCAUAUACGAGCUGUUCACCACCGAGGCGUCCCACCUGCGCACCCUGAGGGUCCUGGACCAGGUCUUUUUCCAGAAGAUGCGGUCCGUGCUGAACUCCGACGAGCUGGCCUGCAUCUUCCCCAACCUGCCGCAGGUCUACGACCUCCACGCGAGUCUGUGCGAAGCGAUGAAGAAGCGCCGGGAAACUCCCAUCGUUCAGACCAUCGGCGACGUGAUGCUGGCCAGGUUUGAAGAUGCGGCCGGCGAGGAGUUUCAGGAACAAGCGUCUCAGCUGUGCAGCCAGCAGUCUCAGGCUCUGGAGCUCAUCAAGAGCAAACAGCGUAAAGACCCCCGCUUCGCUCACAUCAUCCAGGAGUGCGAGGCGAGUCCUCACUGCCGCCGGCUGCAGCUCAAGGACCUGCUGGUGUCGGAGAUGCAGAGGCUCACCAAGUACCCGCUGCUGCUGGACAAGAUCAUCAAGCACACGGAGGCCGCCUCGUCGGACCUCCCGGCGCUGCAGCGCGCCCAGGCCUGUUGCCGGGGGAUACUGCAGGCCGUGAACGAGGUCGUCAGGGAGACGGAACACCGGCAGCGGCUCAGCCAAUACCAGCGCCGGCUGGACGCCGCCCCUCUCUUCAAGAGUCUCGACCUCAGCACUAAGAGGAUGAUCCACGAAGGUCCUCUCACGUGGAAAGUCAGCAAAGACAAGCAGAUCGAGAUCCAAGCGCUGCUGCUGUCGGACUGCCUGCUCCUCCUGCAGAGGGGGCCGGACGACCGGCUGCAGCUGAGGUACCCGUCCCGCUGGCUGGGCGGCAGCGGGGGCGGCAGCGCCGACAGCAAGAACUCCUUCAGCCCGCUGGUGAAGCUGGACGCUCUGCUGGUCCGCUCCGUAGCCACAGACAACAAGGCCCUCUACGUCAUCAGCACCACCGAGAGGCAGAUCUACGAGCUGGUGGCCGGGACGUCCUCGGAGAAAAACACCUGGAAGGAUUUGCUGGAAAGGACGAUCUCGUCGAGCGGCGGCUCGUCGCCUCUGAUCAACCACGUCCCGCAGCAGAGCUCCCCGAGUCUACGCAGCGCCUCGCCCGUGUCGACGGGCAGCAACGCCUACGCAGAUAACUCCAUAGCGGAGCAGUCGGACUCCACGGACACGCAUUCCUCCGGCGACGACGUGGCGCUCUCUGCCAACGCCGACGCGGACCAAUCGGGAGCCUUCGUGGGCGCGGAGCUGAAAGCCGAGGGCGUGGCCGAGUCCGCUCUGCACGACGUUGAAACACUAAGGCAGCUCAUAUUGAGAGACUUUGAGGAGGACGCCUGGAGCCACAAUUCGGAUGACACGCCCACCAACGAGGCGGCCAGCGAGAGGAGCUCGUUGACCGAGAGGCGGCGGCCGGAGUCCCCGGAGGCGGCCCCCAACGACAGGGAGGCGGGGCGCCGAGCCGAGGCUCCGCCCCCAGACGUGCAGCGGCCCGGCAGCGUCCAGGUCGUACGGAAAGCUGUGGUUGCGGGUCCUUCUUCUUCUUCUUCUGUCCCUGACGACAUCACUGCUGAUCAAUCAUCCGAGCCGAGAGGCGAGGCCGCCAAGCAGGGGAACACCUUCUACUUGGUCAUGCCUACAGAGCCGGGGGAGAGCGCCACCGAUGACCUCAUCGACCCUCCUCCCCGGACGCAGGCGCCCCAGGAAACGGAGGCCAUGCGGCGGGAAGGAGAGGAGGAGGAGAAGGAGGAGGAGGAGGAGGAGAAGGAGGAAAAGGAGGAGGAAGAAGAAGAAGAAGAGAAGGAGGUGAAGGCGGCGGGCCAAUCGCAGGCCGGCCACCAGAGCCACGUGAUCAAAAAGGUGGACGAGAUUUUCCACACAAUCGAGGGGCUGAUGAGCAAGUUGCGGCAGCUGAAGGAAAUCGAGACGUCCCACCGAAAGCUUUUACAAACCCUCAGAGAGCCCUUCGGCGACGAGGAGCCAGAGGACCAGCCGAGUUGCCGGCAACCGUCUCCAGAACGCCGAGCCUGGAUCGCGGCUCGGGAGACGGCAAAGAGGGCAAAGAGGGCGGAGCAGCGGAGCCCAGGGUUCUUUCCACGGGAUUCUGACCUCGCCGCGGAGGGGACUUUUGCUCGAGCUCGAUUGAUGGCAAAGGGAAGCGCUCAGACUUGAAGGCCACACCCCCCUCCGCCCCCCCUCCCCCCUAUGCACUGGCCAGUGGAACGCAGCCUGGGAUGGACCGUAGCUGUUUUCAGGACAACGUCCCAUUACCAGAGCACCAGGCAGUCCGGGACGCGCCGAGGGAAAGAGCAUGAAGGAACAAAGAAAAAGGCAGAAGACAAGUUGACUGAAGAGAUGGGGGGGGGGGGGAAUUGCAGGAAUGGAAAGUGGGGAAAAAACGAUGACCCUUGUUGGACGUUUGUGAAGGAAAAGGAGUUGUGUUUUUUUGUUUGUUGAAGGAACGAAGCGGAAAAGUGUUGAAAUGUUAAUUUAAGGAAAUCUCAGAGGGACCCGUAACCCCUGCACUUUACCCACAAUGCAUCCCUCUGGAACGAAUCAGGGACCGGAGAUUGCCACUGACUUUAGUUAGGGGCCAAUGUAUGAGGCCCCCCCCCUUCCCUCCCCUCCCCCACGCCCACCUGUUGCUUUACACCGAGUUCACCCGUCACCACGGCCCAAGGACUGUGUCUUUAAGUCAGGUUAUUUGCACUGGGUAAGGAUCCAUUAUCACACACACACACACACACGUAACCAUUUCAUUCAUCUCAGACGUCGCGGUGGAAGAAUCACGAGAGUCCUCGUUUAGGCUGCUUAGGAUGCUUUGGGGGGGGGGGGGGUUCACGGAGGGCUUUGCGAACCACUGUGACUGUGAUGAAAAGGGGUGAAACGUAGAAACUUGAAUCUUCACUGAGGAGCAGAAACGCUGAUCGAGUCGCUCCUGAUUGCCUUGAAGUCUUUUAGACUUGACUGUGCAUCCUCUCACUGUAAAGCAGUGCGGCAAAUACUGUGAACCAGCAGCAACCCCCCCCCCCCCCCCCAUCCUGUUUAUAACCACGUCGCCCACAGAAAUUAAAACACUAAGAAUAAGAAUUUAAAUUUGCAGCAAAAUGAGAAACUGCUGACGUUUAUUAUGCAACCGCUGGAUGGAGCAAACGUUCCCUCGGUUAAUAGUUUGAUUUUUCUCACAGCAAACACUACUUGAGCUGUUCUACCGACACACUAAACGCAUUUAAACCUCUUUAAAUGCCCUCUCCUGCUCGUCAUCCAGCCAGGGGGGGGGGGGGGGGGGACUUUAUUUGAGCUGGUUUCAAAUACUAACUGACGACACACUACGGAGCCAAGUAGAAGUAUUAAGAAGCGCAGAAGCUUCCACGUCUCAAAACAAAACAGGAGUGAGUGGACGCGUGAAACCAUGAACUUGUUAAAAUGUUUAAAUAUUCUACCAAAGUGAAAAAUGUCUUCAGAGGCGUCGAAGGGAUCCAUUUUUUUUUUCUUCUCUCUCUCAACAUUUUGGCUGCUGAUUUUCAAGCAUCUCAGACCAGGCGCCUUUUUUUCUUUCCUUUUUGGGGGGGUUUUGUUGAUCUCGUGAGAGCUAAGGACGCUCAGGCCUCACAUGCGUCACACAUCAUUGGAUCGUUUGGCGUUUAAAGAGCUGGCAGACGGUCCGAGGUGUUAAAAACAAGUCACGUCGCUCUCUCCUUUUAACUUCAGCAUUUUCAUCUCCAACUUCUACCUCUGUGUCUCUCCCACGAUUUCUUCUUUUCAUGCAUUUAUCUUGUACAUUUGACAUCAGACAUUUGGGCCUUAACGGGGCUGUUUGGAGAAAAAAAAAGAAGCUCUGAUUCUUUAAAAAAAAAAAAAAAAAAAAAAGCGAGAAAGAAAUGAAACUUGAGUUGCACAAAGAAACUUCCCUGCACGUUGCAAACUACUGUAUGCAAACACACGUCUUUAACGCUCAUCUCAUUGUUUAUUUUGUCUUUUUAAAAAAAAUAAAACACUUGUCACUCAUGUAAUAUAGAGAGAUCAGACCCACUUGUUUUAUAUUUGUUAUUUUUUUUUUUGUUCCUGUAAAGCCUUUAGUCCUCGUAUUUGAUUUUAUUUUUGUAGAUAUGAUUAAAAAAAAAUGUAUAAAUUAUUUUCUUCUCCCUUGUUUUUAAAAUCGAUGAGAUUGUUUAGCUGCACAGACGGCAAAGAGAGCUCAUGUCUCAGAUUCAUGUGUUUUGUGAGAUUAAAAAAAAAAAAGAAACUGGCUAAAGAAA